AGCCGCUGUUGCUGCUGCCUCCAGUCGUGCCCCUGCUGCUACCUAGUCCUGCCUCACUGCAUCCCAGAAGAGCCACGUUGGCUUGCCUUCCCCUAUUGGAUUUUCACAAGCAGCUCUUCGGGUUUUUGUGCUGUAGGAGACCUUGCUUUUCAAUCACACGGGAGAACACUGAAGCUUGUAAGAGGAGAAUCUGGCAGCUGGACACAGCUUGGACUGCAUUGUGUGUCUUCAUGACCCCUGCUGUGUAGCGGCUCAUCUUUUCACUCUCCCGCGUACACCCUCCUCGAUUUUAUUUCCUUCCCUUUUUUUUUCUUUCUUCUGAUUUUUUUAAAGCAGCCUCUGGAGCCAGCCAUGUUUGGCACUGAAUCUUCAUUGAGCAUGUUUUUGAACACAUUAACACCGAAGUUCUACGUGGCCCUGACAGGCACUUCCUCACUAAUAUCAGGGCUCAUUUUGAUAUUUGAAUGGUGGUAUUUUCGCAAGUAUGGAACAUCAUUCAUUGAACAAGUGUCAGUAAGCCACUUGCGCCCCCUCCUGGGAGGUGUUGACAACAACUCCUCCAACAAUUCUAACUCCAGUAAUGGGGACUCAGAUUCCAACAGGCAAAGUGUCUCAGAAUGCAAAGUAUGGCGAAAUCCACUGAAUUUAUUUAGGGGCGCUGAAUAUAAUCGGUACACUUGGGUGACAGGACGAGAGCCUCUGACUUACUAUGACAUGAAUCUCUCUGCCCAGGACCACCAGACGUUCUUUACUUGUGACUCAGACCACCUGCGUCCUGCAGAUGCAAUAAUGCAGAAAGCCUGGAGAGAGAGAAACCCCCAAGCUAGGAUUUCUGCAGCUCAUGAAGCCUUAGAGAUAAAUGAAAUUAGGUCCAGAGUUGAAGUUCCCCUAAUUGCUUCCUCUACCAUCUGGGAGAUAAAAUUGUUACCAAAGUGUGCAACUGCUUAUAUUCUCUUGGCUGAAGAGGAAGCAACAACCAUUGCUGAAGCAGAAAAGCUGUUUAAGCAGGCCCUGAAGGCUGGAGAUGGCUGUUACCGGCGUUCUCAGCAGCUACAGCAUCACGGAUCCCAGUAUGAAGCCCAACAUAGACGAGAUACCAACGUCUUGGUCUACAUCAAAAGAAGGCUAGCAAUGUGUGCCAGAAGACUCGGGAGGACCAGGGAAGCAGUGAAAAUGAUGAGAGAUUUGAUGAAGGAGUUCCCCUUGCUGAGCAUGUUCAACAUCCAUGAAAACCUUCUAGAAGCACUUCUGGAACUACAAGCAUAUGCUGAUGUUCAGGCAGUCUUAGCAAAGUAUGAUGAUAUAAGCUUACCAAAGUCGGCAACAAUAUGCUAUACAGCUGCCUUGCUCAAAGCAAGAGCUGUCUCUGACAAAUUCUCUCCCGAGGCUGCAUCUCGGCGGGGGCUGAGCACAGCAGAGAUGAACGCAGUAGAGGCCAUUCAUAGAGCUGUGGAAUUCAACCCUCACGUGCCAAAAUACCUACUAGAAAUGAAAAGCUUAAUUCUACCCCCAGAACAUAUCCUGAAGCGAGGGGACAGUGAAGCAAUAGCAUAUGCGUUCUUUCAUCUGGCGCACUGGAAGAGGGUGGAAGGGGCUUUGAAUCUUUUGCAUUGUACGUGGGAAGGCACUUUUCGGAUGAUCCCUUAUCCCUUGGAAAAGGGACAUCUGUUUUAUCCUUACCCAAUCUGUACAGAAACAGCAGAUCGAGAGCUGCUUCCAUCUUUCCAUGAAGUCUCAGUUUACCCAAAGAAGGAGCUUCCCUUCUUCAUCCUCUUCACUGCCGGAUUGUGUUCCUUCACAGCCAUGCUGGCCCUCUUGACACAUCAGUUCCCGGAACUCAUGGGGGUCUUUGCAAAAGCUAUGAUUGACAUUUUCUGCUCGGCAGAGUUCAGGGACUGGAAUUGCAAGAGCAUUUUCAUGCGUGUUGAAGAUGAACUGGAAAUUCCACCGGCACCUCAAUCUCAACAUUUCCAAAACUGAACUCAUCACCCUUUUCCCCCACCACCAAAACCACCCCUCCUCCUGUAUCCCUGACCUCUGCCAUUGCCUCUGCCAUCCACCCAGUUACCCAAGCCAGAAGCGCAGCAGCCCUCCCAGGCUCCUCUCUCACUAUCCACACCCUACCUGUCUCAGCUCCCAGUCUGUCGGAUCUAACCUCCAAUGCUACUAGGCGUUCAGUAAAUGUAAUUCAUCCCUUCUUAGCCCCUUCUCUCCCCAUAGCAUCUCUCUCAGUUUAGGUCUUGUUAUUUCUUGCUUGGACUCCUCUGCCAGAGUCUUAACUGGUCUCCUUGCUUCCAGUUCCAUCCCCUGCCAGUCCUUCUCUCGUACUGACACAAGAAUGAUCUUUCUAAAUUGCAAGUCUGAGCAUGUCACUUCCCUGCUUGAAUUUCUCCAAAGGUUUCCCACCAACUUCAGAAUAAAGUCCCAGAUCUUUAGCAAGGCAUGCAAGGUCCUUUACAAUCAUGCCUUGCUUGCCUCUUCGGCCUCAUCUCUCCCACCUCUUGCAUAGACACUGCUCUUAGACCAUAUUGACUCACCACUCCCAGAUGCACAGGCUCUUGUACACCCCAGUGCCUUUGCACGUGCCUUUUGCUCUGCAUGGAAUGCCCUUCCCCAUCACCACCUUGGCUUGUCCACUCUACUAACUCCUCUUCACUCUUUUACACUCAGCUUUCUUUCUAAGUUUCUCCCAAGCUGAGUUAGAGGUCUUUCCUCCGUGAUCCCACAGUAUUCUAUGAAUACCUAUAUUAUCACACUUAUUGUACUAUAAUUGUUAAAAACUUGUCCGUCCCCCUUUUAGAAUGUGAGCUCCUUGAGAGCAGGACUGUGUCUUCCUCAUCUCUGUAUCCCCAAAGCUUUGCACAGUGCCUUGCACGUAGUAGGUUUUCAAUAAAUGAUUAUUAAAUAAAUAAAUGGUAGUGGUUUCUGCAGAAAGAAUCACUGUAAAAAUCAGAUAGAGUUUAGCAUUUCUCCUCUUCUUUUGUAAUUAUAAUCAUGGACUCUUAGAGUUGAAAGGGACCUUAAACUGCCUUCAAGAGUAAUGGGAUGGAGGUCAUUUAGACUCUUCUUGAAUGCUCUCAGUGAUGGGGAACUUGCCUACUUAACAUCAAAGCCCAUUUCAUUGUUGGAUCACUCAGAAGUCUUCUUUAUAUAAAAUAUGCCUUCCUCUAAUAGCCACCUGUUGUUCCUCUCUACCCUCCAAAACUAUACUCAACAAGUCUCCUUGCAAAUUCUUAUGACAGCUAAUACAUUCGUAGCAACCUCUGACCUCUGACUCUUGGUAAAACAUCUCAAAUUUCCUUAAGUCUUCUGUAUAUAACAUGAUUUUUAAACCCAGAACGCCCCAUGUUGGUUGUUCCCUAGUUUAUGGACCUCCACUAUUCAUUAUUAUACUCCCAAGCCAACCUCUGAGUAAAAAUAGUUGCCAAAAUUCUGAAUAGACUAGAGUUUAACUUAGCAAAAUUUAAAAUAGGAAUAUAUUUACAAUAGUAGACAAUUAUAUUUCCUCCUUUUAUGUUCCUCUCUUAAACAUUUUUUAGAGCAUUUUUAUAAAAAUAUGUCAUUGUCCCAGUAUUUUUCAGUAAACAAAUAGCAGUUGGUGGGAUUUUGGAUCAGAAUAGAGAUUUUCACCCUCUAGUGUGAAAAAAAUUCACUUGGCCCCACCACCAGAAACUCAGAAUAUUGAGUGCUAGCACCCAGAAAUCUGUGUUUUUAACAAGGAUUCCAGCAGGUUCUGAGUGAGGUGUUGAGCACCAUACCUGCUUCUAGGAACACUGGUCUCUAGCAAGCUGAACAUCUGAGCAGCCACUCACAAGUACGUGGUGCUGUGCCAGUGCCACUGGGGGGGAAAGCUUUCGAAGGUGACAGAUGUUUCGCCCUGGCUGUACCUUGGAAUCACCUAGGGAGCUUACAAGUGACUAAUGCCUGCCUCCUGACUUCACUGGCCUGGGGUGCAGCAUGGGCAUCUUAAGUUUUCAGAUGCUUCCCAGGCGAUUCAGGUGUGCAGCCAGGGCCAAGACCACCAUAUUGAAUGAAAUGACUAAUGGCCUGAAACUGCAUUAACCAGGGAAGGGUCUGGGGGAGUGGAGGAUAGUAAAUAGAAUACAACUAAGUGUCCCUAGAAAAGGCUCUGCUGGCUCCAGAAUAUCAGUGAUGUGUUCAUUAUGGAUCAUUUAAUGUUUCCAAAGCUCUGGUUUUGAGUCUAGAUCAGAUGAUUGAAUAAAAUAUCAUUUUGCCUUAUGGUCCUCCAAUUUUAUACUCUACCGAGGUGCAGUAGUUUGGUCAGCUACUCAUAAUAACCAAAUAUAGUUUAGAUAAAUUUGCUUUUAAACCUCUGCCUGGAAGAUCACAUUCAUCUUGCCCUUCCUGAAGGUUUAACAGUUUCCAAAAUGUUUAGAGAGACUUUGUGGGGAAGGAAGAUGGAUGGCCUGAAGGAGACAGGCACCGUCCCUCUCCCCCGACCUUGUCCCCAGAGUCUUCCCCCAUGUUUUCACCCUCCUCACUGCUGCAGGCCUCUCAUGAAGCCCCCUGCACGUUAUCGCAGUCGCCCUAUAGGCUUCCCACAACCAUUUGCAGCUUGUGAAAAUGACUUUCUCAGCCCUCGCCUGAGAUAAUAUCCCUGGGAUAAUGACUUUUAGUAGAUGCAGAGAGAUUGCACUGGCACCCCCCAGGCUACAUGCAGCUUGGGAACUCUCCAGUGUGUUUAUAUGUUGAUAUGCAGCUAGUAAAGAAGCCCACAGCAAAGUGGGAGCCACUGGAAAAUAGUAAAACGAACGGCUUCAACUGGCUUUCCCCCCUAAUCUAAUCUACCUCAAUGACUUAAGACUAACUCUUCCUAGAAUGUUUGGUUACUAAGAUAAGGUUGCUCAUAUAAAUAAGUUAUCGUUCCAAACCCAGCCCCUCAUAGAAUGUGGGAAGGUCAGCAUUUUGACCCUGUCUGCUUUGAAGGGCUCUGUCUUUCCUCCUCUGAUCUCUCUCCUUCACUGAGACUGAGCCCCCUGACUUCUGACUCUCAUCUUCACUUAUAGGCCUUGACCUCUUUGAAGUCUGAUAUUGAUUACAGUGAAAUGUCAAUUGUCUGAUUGCAUAGGGCACCUGGAACUUAUUCAGAUAAGCAGAGGCAUUUUGAAUGUUAACGAAGCAUGUUGGGAGCCAUGACCUUCUUCUAAAUAAUGGUGUUUUGGGAAAAGGAGGAUCAGGCGAUUGAAGUGUCACUCUCUCUUUUUUAUUAGUUCAGUUGCCUUUUCUCACCAUAAGACACUGAUUGAAUCACAGUGCGUUUUGGACCAUGUAUCUCUGCCCUCUGGACAGAAGUUUUGGAUGUUGAGAUAGACGAGCUGUUCCAGGGGUGCCUGGUGUUGCUCAUUCAGACUAAACUUUUCAGGCCAUAAAUUUCCCGAGUCUGUAAGUGAAACUGCCGUUUCUCCAUGCAUUGGUUGAGUCUCUGGCCAAAAAUAUUGUCUGAUUUUCAAACAUGCAAACAAGUAUAAAUGAACAUCCAAAGCAAGGCAUGUUCCCCCAAACUUGUUUUUUAUACCUCCUGAUGAAAGCCACUAACCUUUAUCUGGUUACUGAAUGAGAGGGCUUAUCAGCUUCAGACGCCUCAUUACCUUGUAUGCUUCUUCCCUGUGGGAGAGGGAUGGGGAAGAGGAUGCAGGGAGGGGUGCUGAGGAGGGAGGUAGCUUAGUAAUAAAAGGUGCACAUCCCCACUUGGGUGCUGCGAGAGAAUUAGGAUCUUUAUGAAAAGGUUCUGGGGAUUCUUUUCUCAAUUCUCCCAAGAACAGACCACUCUAGAUAUGAGGGAGAGCAGUAAAUCAUCACAUAUACUGGAGGUGGUAGGACUUCAUUUCUCUUGCGGAAACUUACUGAGAAGUGCAGGUAAAGUUCAAGGAGUCAGGGCCCACUGUGUCUUACUGUGCAGUGUGAGAAGAGGGGCAGUUACAGACAUCAAACAGGGUGGGAGAUUCCCCUCUUGAUUUCCAGAGGCCCCACUUUUGUUCUUUUUAUGCAAGUCAGGUCAGUGCCCAAAACAAAGCAAACAAACAGGCCUUAUUUUGAAGCAACUUUGUAACGACCUCUUCAUUUGCUCUGCUACCCAAGCUGAGGCUCCUUGGUGUGCCACAUUUAGUGUGUGAAAUUGCCCAGAAUACAGACCAUGAGCGAUGCCUUUCAUCUAACCACAGUAGCUCAUGCUAGUAUUCAGUAGUUCCUUACCCACUCCAUCACAACUUCGGUGGUUCUAAAUCUUUUUUAGGUCAAGUCUUUAGGAGAUGAUAACUUCACCAGCAAUAUCACUUGUUUGGUGAGCCCCAACUAACAACCCCUGUCAGCAUCUCUGGUUUAUCCAGACUACGUCAGCACCUGGCUCCUCUUUAUGGAACUAGGAUUAUAGGCAGAUGCUGUGUUUUAUGGAGCCUUAGUGGUCUCAGAUUACAAACAAACAAAAUCUCAAAACUAGGAUUUUAAUAAACAAACAAUCUUCUCAUUGCUAGGAUUUUACAAACUCUGUCAUCAGCAGCUUGGGUAGUAAUUACUCAUUCCUGGGCCACAGGGAGAGCAUCCCACAUGGUUCUGUGCAUGUAACAAAGGACAGUUUCAGAAGGUUACCAGAAAUUGCCAUAUAUCUAAGACCCACUUGAUGAAAGAGCCAUCCACAUUUGCUCAAGUGCUAACAUGGCUGCCUAUUUCUUAACUCCAAACCCAAGGUGGCAUUCAAGGCCCUCCCCAGAGUUCUUCUGGUCACUUUUAAACUCUGCACUAUUGAGCUAAGCUGAAUUAUUUAUCCUCUUCUGAGCAUACCAGUUACUUUCCCAUUUCUGUUCCAGCUGCUCAUUGAACCUGGAGGGAUCACCUGCUUGUAUUUCUCUCCUUGCCAUCCUUGCCCCAUCUGCAUCUCUGACAUCCCAGCCAUCCGUUGUGGUCUAUUUCAGUUGCUCCAUUUUAAGUUUUUCCUGAUUCUUUCAAUCCGAAUGAAUUCUCUCCCUUUUCUGAAUCCUCUUGAUGCUUUUAUCUUCCAUCUUCCAUUCUAUGAUGGUCUAUCUGGUACUAUUACUUUGUUGUGUAAAGAUCUCUGUGGCCACCUAUCCCUCCCCCAUGACCCUAGGCUUUGAGCUCCCUGAUAAUGGGAGUUUGUUCCCAGACUCCUUUAUAUUUCAUCCAGCACUUAGGUGCCUUACUGAGUAAAUACAUUUAAUUGAUGUAAAAGACACAGCAUGGGGAAAGAUUCCAAAUCUUACACUAUCUUGAGUUUCCUCACUCUAAUGUCACACUUAAUGGUCCAGCUAUAAUGUGUCACAGACCUUCCCAAGUAGUAUUCUACUGCUUCUUAAAAACAACUAGAGAAAAGGAAAGAUUCUGAGGUCAAGUGAAUUUUGGAAACUUGCCUGCCAUACCCCUUAUUGAAGACCUGAAAUCAUAGAACAUAUGGCCAAUGGAGGAGCCUGUUUUACUUCAUUAAAUAUACUACUACUUUGACCUCAGAACCAUGCUCCCCCUCUGCAUGUGUAUUUACAUACUACCCUUGGUGGUGUAGACUGUGCUCUGCUGAGGAUAAGGGAUUAGGACAAAGAACACCACAGUGUAAGAACCAGGUAUUGAACCCUAAUGAGAUAAUACCUUGGUUCUAAACAGAUGGAGAGCAUGGAAACCACCCAGACACCUCUGUCUCAUAUGGGGCUCUGUUAGGGGACCUCUUCUGCCAGAUGCUGAAUGGUUUGCAGAAUGAAGCUGAUUCUUCACAAGAACAUAAUCAGAACAAAUUUGAGGUUAUGUUAAAUGAGUCUCAGGCAAGGCACUUGGCUUUCUUAAAAGGCACUGUUAAUGAGCAUUAUUCUCUACAUGAAAAGCAGAAAGGAGUUUAGAAACCAAAUGAGAGAGCUCCCAAACAUCUCCUCAGACAGCACUUCUUCAACAAGGACAUGUCAUCCAUGGACUGGCCAGUUUGCUGCCCUCCCCCAGGCGUCCAUGAUGCACUCCACUAAGCAGGUAGUUCAGAAAUGAGCAUGGGCUACAGAGGUGUUUCGGAGACAAUAGGAUCCCAAAGCAAUUUACAGCCAUGUAUCAAACUUGCCUUUUUGAAAUUGCCUUGUCCACUUAAAGUGGGUUCUGUACCCAGCUAGGCAGGCAGGUGAUCUAAGUUGUCACCAUCUUUUAACUCCUCAGCCUACUUGUCACCCAACUGUCAGUCCCUUUUAAUGGCACCUGUAGGGGCAGCGCAGAUCCUGAAGACGAAUUGGAAGGACUGGGGACUGUGGGUCUGCUGUCAGGAGUGAAGGGGGCAGCAGCAGACACUUCUCCUUACCUAUCAGAGCUGGGGGGUGGGGGCUGGAACUCAGGUGUGAUCAUCAACUAUGUUUCCCAUAAACAUAAAUAUAAAAUUGUAGCCUUUGAGACUUACAUGAUACCGAGACUGAAGAUCCAAGUGUAGGUUGGAGAGGUUCAUUUUAUAGCCUUGAACGAGAUCUCUCCUGACUCUCUGCCUUUCUGGUUUCU